AUGAUUUUUGAAAAUGGCUCUAAAUAUGUCGGUGAGCAGCUAUCGAUUGACAAUUCCUUCUGUAUUGAAAUGAAAAUAGACAACAUAAAUUAUGUAGAAGAAGUUCUAUGUGGAACUUUUAAAAUUUAUAAUUCAGAUAAAACGUAUAUUAAACUAUCCACAUAUUUUGAAGCUUUAAUAAUUGGCAAUCUACAUCCUUUUUACACAGAAGAAACAGGUGAAGAUAAAGAAUACUGGAAAAGGUUACCAGGAUAUUCUGACAGUUAUUCUUUUAAAUAUUCAAAUUACAUUUAUUUAAAAAUGAAAGAGCUUUUUAUACUUCCAGAUGCUUCUUAUAAUACAUCUGAUGCUUCUAUAGAUGGAUGUUAUUAUUGCUGUUACUGUAAAAAUUUAGACUGCUUUAUUGGGCACUAUUUAUAUAAAAAUGAAAAUAGAAAUUUAUCACAAGAAAUAUUACUAGAAAGAAUUAAUGAGAGAACCAAAGGGGUAGCAUGUUUUGUUUAA